GGCGCGAGCGCACAACGCGCAGGCGCCGCCUAGAGGUGACUUCUCCGAAAAGUGUCUUAGUUCCCGGUCACCUGAGCUCCGGGUGACGCGGCUGCGGUAGUUGCGGAUACCCGCCUUCCGCGGUGUCGCUCAGCUCCGCCACCCCGACCCCACUAAGGGCCUGUGCUUUUCCUCCAGUCCUUCCCCAGCGUCGGGCCGGAUCGGGCCGAGCCGGGCCGCCCGGGCGCGGUCUUUAACCAUGGCGUGCCUCUUCAAGAAGAAAACCGUGGAUGAUGUAAUAAAGGAACAGAAUCGAGAGUUACGAGGUACACAGAGGGCUAUAAUCAGAGAUCGAGCAGCUUUAGAGAAACAAGAAAAACAGCUGGAAUUAGAAAUUAAGAAAAUGGCCAAGAUUGGUAAUAAGGAUGCUUGCAGAGUUUUAGCAAAACAACUUGUGCAUCUACGGAAACAGAAGACAAGAACUUUUGCUGUAAGUUCAAAAGUUACUUCUAUGUCCACACAAACAAAAGUGAUGAAUUCCCAAAUGAAGAUGGCUGGAGCAAUGUCUACCACAGCAAAAACAAUGCAGGCUGUAAACAAGAAGAUGGAUCCACAGAAAACAUUACAAACAAUGCAGAAUUUCCAGAAGGAAAACAUGAAAAUGGAAAUGACUGAAGAAAUGAUCAAUGAUACACUUGAUGACAUCUUUGACGGUUCUGAUGAUGAGGAAGAAAGCCAGGAUAUUGUGAAUCAAGUUCUUGAUGAAAUUGGAAUUGAAAUUUCUGGAAAGAUGGCCAAAGCCCCAUCGGCUGCUCGAAGUUUACCAUCUGCCUCUACUUCAAAGGCUACAAUUUCUGAUGAAGAGAUUGAACGGCAACUCAAGGCUUUAGGAGUAGAUUAGUCAAAGAAAGUCACAAUAUUUUGCUUACUUAUAAUUAUGUAGUAUAAACUAGGCACAGUGCAGAUUUCUUUUACAAAACACAUGUAUUUUGCAAAAACAAAAAAAAUGAAGACCAUGAGUGAACAGUUGUUUCCUAACCCAUGGCUAUUUUGAAUCUUUUGCCAAAGAAUGACAAUGAUGCAAAAAUGGGAACAGUUUGGAUUUUAAUUAGAACUAUUUAGGAGUGAUGAUGUGUAAAAAGUUGAUUUCUCUUUUGCAUGGCACAGAGAAAUUAUAUUCCUUCAUGUCAGUUUAUGUUCUAAAAUCGUUUUCACUGAAUAUAAACUCUUGUUAAAUGCCAUUAGGCACCACCUUAAAGAGGGUUGUAAAAAUAUUAAAAGUAUAUUGUUAAUUCUGUAUCUGUUGCUUCUCUUUUGUAAGCGAUUAUGUAUUAUGACCAUAGGCAGUUACAGUUGCCAAAUUAUUUUUAAAUGGUCAAAAAGAAGAGUGCUAUUUAAACAUCUGUCUUAAACAAAAACUGUCAAUAACUUGUUCUUUUUCCUUUGGGAGAACAUUCUAGUUGGUAAGUUUAUUACCUUUCAAAAUGUGCUUGGCACCUACCUUACAUCACACAGACCUAUUGUGCACAUCUUUAAAUUAUUUCGGCUGGCAGAAAAGAAUGACAUUUUAAACUGAAAUCAGGGCCUCAUGCAAAGAUUAUCCUGGCUCUUUUCUAAGCUUGUAAAAGUGAAUUGAAUAUAAUUAGUAAAAAUAGGCAAUGAAUAAAUAACACUUUAUAGUAAGAAAACAAUAUAUUCUGCCCAUCUAAAAUGAGAGUAUUAUAAUUGAUUUUAUGAAUUAUAAUUUAAACUUUAAUUUUGAACUGUAUUAAUGUGUAUAUUGAAUCUUCUAAAUUGAAGCCAUUAUUCUCAAUUAAGUACUACAACAAUGACAAUGCUUGACCUACAUUUUAAAAAUAAAAAAUAACAUUUUUUUAAUAAACUAUAAUUUUACCAGAAAUUACUGUCUAAAUAUGUAUUAGCAGUAUUUUUUAAGGUAAAUUGCCAUGAUAUCUAAUGAAUGUGUAGACAGAGAACGUGAAGGAGUGUCAGACUAGUUAGAAUUUAGAAUUAGGUUAGUUUUGAAAAAUGAUGUUGUGAUAUAUGGGUUUUAACACAUCCUACCAUGAAAACUGGAGGAGAUAGGUGUAACCUGGUUAAUUUGGGAUGAUGGACAUUUUGGACUAAUAUUGACAGAAUACGUCUUAGGACUAGUAUACAUGUGACAUGGAUUGCUAGGAGGAACGAAAAAGCUAAACCGUAUAGUUUAUAUUCCAUAAACCAUUUUAUAAUGUUCAAAGAUUAGGUUUCAUUAUUGAUAGUAUUAAAUACACAGUUUCUCUUAACAGUGAUGGGUCAAAACAUUUUACUGGAUUAUGGAAUGUUUACCAGAACAUGUUUUGAUUCUUGAAUGUACAUAAUAAUGCCAUCUAACUUAUUUACUUUCUUGUUUACAUGUGGGGGCUUUUGUUUUUAAAAAUUAUUUUGUUAAAAAAUCUCAAUAAAGAUUUAUUAUUGUU